UUAUUUCCUAUAUAAACCCCUUUCCUCGCUAGGCAAAUUGCAUUCUAGUUUCAAUAGAGAAAGAACCUCUCCCUCAUAUUAUAUUUAUUCCCUCUCUAUUUCUCUCUCUUUGGCUUCGCUACUUUCUCUACAGCUCUCAAGAGCGUGGUAUGCCAUGUGCAUUUUUUGCUGAAACAAAAACACAAGAAGAUCCAGUUAGAUAUUGUAAGAGUAGUCAUAUUGCUUGUAUGCAUUUAUAUAUGAAAUGGGCUCUCGAGGAAGACUAUUAUUUGAUCUUAAUGAACCUCCCGCCGAAGACGAUGAGGAGAGUGAUCGAGGUAUCUGCAUCCAGCCACAAAAGGCACUUCCAUCAGCAAAUCCCCAUGCUACUGACUUGUUUGUGACAUCAUCAGGUUCUCAACGAAUAGCAAAUAACCAUGCAUUCUCACAUGCAUCUACUGGCUCAGGUUUUCAGCCUUUUAUUCGGCCUAAAGUUUCUACUUGCCCUGAAGUAGGUGUUGAACCCAAAAGAACAGGCGAUCAGAAUUCCAAUUUGGCAUCGUCUUCUUCAAGAUCAAAUAUUAGUGGGGAGAUAAAAUCACAAGUAGCAGCUUCAUUUGUGUCAGGUUCUGCAAAUGCUCAGGCCAUGGAAAGAGAAGAAGGUGAAUGGUCUGAUGCUGAGGGGACUGCUGAUGCAUAUGGAAACUUUUGUAUGCAUGAAGAGGUUAAAGCUUCUCAAGAACAAGGUGUACAGGAAUUGGAGUCUAAUGCUUUAGGUGUGACUGUUGAAAGUGUUAGUGCAGCUGAAAACAGUCAUUCUCCAUUAAGACUGGAGCCACAUCUGAAUGAAAAUAAGGGCAACAGUGUCCAAAUUUCAGAAGGUGACAGUAAAGGUAAUAUAUCCAUUGAUGGUCAAGAAGAGCCUGUGUUGGUGCCAAAACAGAGAGAAGUUAAAGGAAUUGAAGCAAGUCAUGCACUGAAGUGUGCAAAUAAUCCUGUAAAGAGGAAGAUAGACCAACAGAAAGAAGCAAUGCUGGGAAAGAAACGGAAUAGGAAGACCAUGUUUCUUAAUUUGGAAGAUGUCAAACAAGCUGGUCCUAUCAAAACCUCUACUCCAAGAAGGCAGAACUUUCCAACACCAGUUAUCACACGUACCGUGAAAGAAGUUCGCACUAAUCCUCAAUCUGGUGAACGUGCUGGAGAAAAGCAAGGUCAGCCAAUAAAUGAGGAUCAGAAGCAAGUUGAUUUACCAUGUAAUGAUGGAAUUAAUCCUGCUGUGGAGUUAUUUGAUCAUAAGUCUGAAUGUGAUGGUGAUACCAGUUCUGGACUACUUGCCAGGCCUAGGAGGUUAAAUAGUGACACUGAACUUUCAGAGGCUCAUCUACCACCCAUACCAAGACAGAGUUCAUGGAAGCAACCUGAUUUGAGGCAGCUUAAGAAUAUGCAGUUUUCUAAUAGAAAGCCAGCUCCAAUCAACCAAAGCUCUAUGGACACUAAGAUGGUAAAUAAGAAACAUCUUCCUUCUAAAAAGACAACUGCUACCAGUACAUCGUAUCAGGACACAUCUGUGGAACGCCUUAUACGAGAGGUGACCAGUGAAAAGUUUUGGCAUCACCCAGAGGAUACUGAUCUCCAGUGCGUUCCUGGGCGGUUUGAAUCUGUAGAAGAUUAUGUCAGAGUAUUUGAGCCUCUACUUUUUGAGGAAUGCCGUGCACAACUGUACAGCACAUGGGAAGAGUUAACUGAAUCAGCUUCAAGAGAUACACAGAUAAUGGUCCGCAUCAAAAACAUUGAACGGCGAGAAAGAGGAUGGUAUGAUGUGAUAGUUCUUCCUGCUAAUGAAUGUAAGUGGGUAUUUAAGGAGGGUGAUGUUGCAGUUCUAUCGGCUCCAAGGCCUGGAUCAGCAGUUAGAAACAAGCGCAACUCCUCUACAAUUGAAGAAGAUGAAGACACUGAGGUUAAUGGACGUGUGGUUGGAACUGUUAGGAGGCACAUACCCCUUGAUACUCGUGAUCCUAUUGGUGCAAUUGUUCACUUUUAUGUUGGUGAUUCCUAUGAUUCAAGCAGCAAGGUCGAUGAUGAUCACAUUCUGAGGAAACUUCAACCUAGGUCGCUUUGGUAUCUGACAGUUCUUGGAUCUCUUGCAACUACCCAGCGUGAGUAUGUGGCAUUGCAUGCAUUUUGUCGUCUUAAUUCUCAGAUGCAAACUGCUAUCCUUAAACCUAGCCCAGAUCACUUCCCAAAAUAUGAGCAGCAAUCUCCAGCUAUGCCUGAAUGCUUCACACCAAAUUUUGUUGAUUAUUUACAUAGGACCUUUAAUGGGCCCCAGCUUGCAGCAAUCCAGUGGGCAGCUACACAUACAGCUGCUGGAACAAGUAGUGGGGUGACGAAGAGACAAGAGCCAUGGCCUUUCACCCUUGUUCAAGGGCCUCCAGGAACUGGUAAGACACAUACAGUCUGGGGGAUGCUAAAUGUCAUUCAUCUGGUUCAGUAUCAGCACUACUAUACCUCUUUGCUAAAGAAAUUAGCACCUGAGAGCUAUAAACAAGCUAAUGAGAGUAAUCCUGAUAGUGUUGCAAUGGGAUCGAUUGAUGAAGUCCUCCAGAACAUGGACCAGAAUCUUUUCCGCACCCUUCCUAAACUCUGCCCAAAACCUAGAAUGCUAGUUUGUGCUCCUUCUAAUGCUGCAACUGAUGAGCUUCUUGCCCGUGUUCUUGAUCGAGGAUUUAUUGAUGGUGAGAUGAAAAUCUACCGUCCUGAUGUGGCCCGAGUUGGGGUAGACUCUCAAACACGGGCUGCCCAGGCAGUUUCUGUUGAGCGGAGAACUGAACAACUUCUACUCAAGAACCGUGAUGAAAUUUUUGGACAUAUUCAGACUUUAAAGGCUCGUGAAGCCAUGUUAUCUCAGCAGAUUGCUACUCUUCAAAGGGAACUUACUGCUGCAGCUGUUACUGUUCGGUCCCAAGGUUCUGUUGGUGUUGAUCCUGAAAUUCUUCUUGCUCGGGAUCAGAACCGAGAUGUACUGUUGCAGAACUUGGCUGCAGUUGUUGAAAGCAGAGAUAAGGUUCUAGUUGAGAUGUCUCGCCUUCUCAUUUUAGAAGCUAAGUUCCGUGUUGGCAGUAACUUCAACUUGGAAGAAGCCCGUGCUAAUCUUGAGGCUAGUUUUGCCAAUGAGGCUGAGAUUGUUUUUACUACUGUCUCAAGUAGUGGGCGUAAAUUAUUCUCUCGCCUUACUCAUGGUUUUGAUAUGGUUGUAAUUGAUGAGGCUGCUCAAGCCAGUGAAGUUGCGGUACUUCCUCCCCUCGCUCUUGGUGCAGCAAGAUGUGUACUUGUUGGGGAUCCCCAGCAACUUCCUGCAACUGUCAUCAGCAAGGCUGCUGGGACCCUCCUAUACAGUAGAAGCCUUUUUGAAAGGUUCCAGCAAGCAGGGUGCCCAACAAUGUUGUUAUCUGUGCAAUAUAGGAUGCAUCCCCAGAUCAGGGAUUUCCCAUCUAGGUACUUCUAUCAAGGACGUCUUAUUGAUAGUGAAAGUGUUGCCAACUUACCUGACGAGGUUUACUACAAGGACCCUUUGCUUAAACCUUAUUUAUUUUAUGAUAUUACUCAUGGCCGAGAGUCCCAUAGAGGUGGUUCUGUUUCAUACCAGAAUGUGCAUGAAGCAGUGUUUUGUUUGCGCUUGUAUGAGUACCUACAGAAAACCUUAAAAUCUUUGGGUGUGCCAAAAAUCACAGUUGGUAUAAUAACACCAUACAAGCUGCAAUUAAAAUGCCUACAACGUGAGUUUGAGAGUGUUCUAAGGACAGAGGAAGGGAAGAGGGAUAUAUAUAUUAAUACUGUAGAUGCUUUCCAGGGCCAGGAACGUGAUGUUAUUAUUAUGUCUUGUGUCCGUGCCUCAAGUCAUGGGGUGGGAUUUGUUGCAGAUAUUCGACGAAUGAAUGUUGCUCUUACUCGUGCUAGAAGGGCUUUGUGGGUUAUGGGUAACGCCAGUGCUCUGGUGCAAUCGGAUGACUGGGCAGCCUUAAUUGCUGAUGCCAAAGCUAGGAAUUGUUAUAUGGACAUGGAUUCUCUCCCCAAGGACUUCACAAAAGACUUGCUCCCCAAAGAAUUUUCAGGGCCAAGGGGACUUGGUUACUCUCCAUCACAGGGUAAGGCUUCUAAUAUGAGAGGUUUAAGGUCUGCUGGACCAAGACAUAGAUCACUCGAUAUGCACAUGGAAUCCAGGUCAGGAACACCAUCAGAGGAUGAAGAUAAGUCGGGCACAACUGUAAUUUCUAGGAAUGGGAAUUAUCGGCCAUUUAAGUCGCCACUGGAUACUUUUUUGGAUGAUUUUCAUCCAUCAGGUGACAAAUCUAGAGAGGCCUGGCAAUAUGGUAUACUGAAGAAGCAAAAUUCUGCUGGUACAAUGGGGAAAAGAGAUUCCUAGGCAUUGGUUGUUGUCUACGAACUGUUUUGGCUCAUGGCGGUCCGUGGAGCAAAACUUUAUUUAUAAUCCUUGCAUUGAAAUUUAUGGAGCUCUUAGCUCCAUGAAUAUUGAAACAAUUUGUGGGAAGUUGGUGCCAGACUUGUGUCUGAUAAUUGCCCUAAGAUGAACAAGUUGAGAGGGAUUUGCAUGGGUCACCAGUGAACUUUUGCCAGUCUGCCAUGUUGAUUCCUGCUAGGAGGUGGAUGAUCUGGGGGGUAGGAUGUAUGAAAUCAAACCCUAUAUCCACCCACCAGACAGGCUUCGAAGGAGUUGAAUGCUGGCAUUAAUGGUUGUGCCGCCCUACAAUAUCCCUUUGCUUGAUAAUUGAUUGUUGCAAUCUGCUAUUACUUGGAUGAAGUCUUUAAUCGAUACAGUUGGGCAGUCAUCUCAAAUUUUGGUGCUCUUUGACUCGUCCUUUUCCGCAAUACACUGAAUGCAUGACCGACUCUGGGGGUGUGAAUUCUUUUGGAUCUGUCAAAUUUGAAGGUACAUUCAUCAAAUUUACAAAUGCUUGCAAAAUGUCAGAGGACGAAUGGCGAUUCUUGAACGGGUGUGCUUUGCAGAAUCCUAAGAAUCAACCUCUAUCAAAGUUGCCGUAUAUAUUCUUUGAACAUGGAGAUGCACUACGGUGAUAACUUUUUAGGUCUGAAGGAUACGGGUUGGUUAACCAAGUAUUCUUUGCUUUUGUUCUUUAUGUUAAUUUUCCUUGGUUCUUUAAACCAAAAGACUUGGAUAGAAAUAGGACACACCUCCAAAAUUCUGUAUAGAGAAGUAAGACUCCUAAAAGGGUACAGGAUUGUGCGAGGAACUCUCAUCUAGCUGACUUUGUGUAUACAGCUUCAGGUGGAACCAAAGAAUUCUUUCUCAGCUGCGAAAAACCUCAGCUGCUGUAUUUUUUUUUUUUUAAACUUGAAAACCAUCAAAUAAUGGCCCAAGGUUUUAAGUUAUACCAUUUGUUUUAUUUUCCUGUGAUGAGAUGUACUUUUCCUCAGAUUGCCAUUACUUGAAAGUAAUGCGGGGGAUAUAAUUUAUGUAGCGAUGAACACAUCCGUACAUGAUUCAAUUUAUUAUGUUAAAAAUUCUCUCAAGUCUAUAA